AGGAUCUUGGGUGCUGUUCUGUCACGUUUGGAGGCUGUUUGUUACAAAUUUCACCUCUUCAAUAUUAUUACUAUUAUUAUUUUUAUCAUCAUUUUUUCAUAUCCACACUUGGAAUUCCGGCUUUAUUUUGCUGUGGAUUCCCCUUACAUGUAAGAGAAAAUAAACCAGCAAAAACACACAGAAGACGUCCAGCUAGAACCCUGACCUGCUACCAUCCACUGAGACACAACACAGGAGACGUUUGAUUGACUCAUAAGAGAGCAGCCAUGUUGAUUAUCUUAGUCUUCAUCAUCCUCUUCCACAUCGCUGCAGCCAUCUUGCUCUUUGUUGCCACCAUACAUAAUGCGUGGUGGGUGGUGUCACCACCUGGACGUGAUGCGAUCUACAGUGACCUGUGGUAUUCCUGUAACAACACAUGCUACCCUGUGGAGAACAGCCACACCGCUGAUGCAGCCUAUUUGCAGGCGGUCCAGGCUACCAUGAUCCUGGCUACAAUUUUAUGUUGUGUCAGCUUCUUCGUCUUCAUUCUCCAGCUCUUCAGGCUGAAACAGGGCGAGAGGUUCAUUUUCACAGCUAUUAUCCAGCUGUUGGCCUCUCUGUGUGCGAUGAUCGCAGCCGCCAUCUACACGGCUCAGAAGAACAGCUUUCACGUGGCUAGUCUUCAGCAAGGCUCCUACGGAUCCUCCUAUAUCCUGGCCUGGAUCAGCUUCCCUAUGACUCUCAUCAGCGGCCUUAUGUAUUUAGUGCUGAGGAAACGCAAAUAGAAGUGACGGGCUCGAUGUAUAGGCACGCAGACAUUCACAUAUAUUAACAGGAAUACACGGAGGCACAUGCAUGCACGCAUUCUGGUUCAAACCCUUCAUAUGUGCUAUAGGAGAUAAAGAAAGUCCACAUCCCAUCAUUUUGACAGUUUCCACUCUAAAGGCCUUUUGUUUUCCUCCUUAUGGUACACUGUUCUCACCAAGUGUAACAAAAAUACUCAGACACCCAAGACUUCCCAGGUCUUCAGUUGACAGUAAAAUAUUUCUGGAAACAAUUAAGGGCAAAAAAAAAAAAAAAAAAAACAAGCCACAUUUUCCAUUUGAUUUGCAAUGCCUCAUUUCUAACA